CCAAAAAAUAAGCUUUUUUUUUUGUUAAAUACUUGAGAGAAAGAUUUGGAGGGUUCGUCCGUUUCCAUGGUUUUGACUUGACCUCAGUCAGUGACGUUUUUUGUGACGCGCUCGUACUUCUUCCGGGUUAGUGCAUGUGUUUUCGGACACGUGUAACUGAAAAUUGGAAAAACAAGAUGAGUUCUCAGAAAGGUAACGUGUCUCGGUCGCGAGGCCAGAAGCAUCAAAACAGCUUCGCCUUCAAACCCGACAAGUACGGAGCCACGGUCCAGGUGAAGGUGCAAAGCAAAGUCAAGAUACACGAUGGACUCUGUCAACAUUGUAAAGGUGUACUCGAGUGGAAAGUGAAGUACAACAAAUACAAGACACUGACACAGCCCAAAAAAUGUGUCAAGUGUCCCCAGAAGACCGAAGAUGCGUAUCACAUCAUCUGUAAAACCUGUUCUCUUCCUGAGAUCUGCUGCAAGUGUGGGAAGAAGAGGACAUCGUUAUACCGAGAGUGUGUGAUUCAAAUAAACUCACAGGAGGACCAGACAGAGGAGGAGGAAGAAGACGGGGAACAGAAAAAGAAAGGACGGAAGAAGAACUUGGAGGACUUGAACAGUGAUGAGGAUGAGGAGGAUGAGGAUGAGGAGGAUGAUGAUGAUGAGGGAGACAAUAUUGACAGGGACUCAGAACCAAAGACGACACAGAAUAAGACUGAUGUGCUCCCAGAUGUGUCCAGCGUCAACAUAAAGGACUAAAGGCAGUGAGAGGAUCCACGUUGGACCACAUUUAUUAUCAUGUAAACUACAGUUCUCUAAUCCAAGCACAGUUCCAGGUGUGAGAUGUAACUAUAGUACGUUAAGUUAUGAAUAAAUGUUGCUGGUUUUGAUGCAGAACCUGGA